AUGAAAAAGAAAAAAAAAAUCGCGGUCUCUUCCCAUUCUCUAUUUCUCCAUUAGCCCGCUAGAUCCGAACCAGAAGAGCUCCGCUCCAGCAGAGUCAAAUUGAGAGAGAAGAAGGAAGAAGAACGAUGUUGCUGGGCGGAAUCGAGGACGAAGAGAAAUGGCUGGCGGAAGGAAUCGCCAGCGUUCAGCAGAACGCCUCGCGCGCUGGUACUUCUCUCUCUCUCUCUCGAUCAGUUUAUCGGACUACUUCUCUGUUCUCUUCUCGCUCCGUUGAAUUGCUUCAAAAUUUUUGGCGGUGGAAAACUUAAUUAAUCUUCUCAGGACGCUAAUAAUCUCAGAGAUGCUCUCAAGUACUCAGCUCAGAUGCUUUCCGAGCUCCGAACGUCAAAGCUCUCGCCUCACAAGUACUACGAGCUCUGUAAUUACCUCGCUCUCCGAACUCUCUUUGAAACUCGGAAUUCUGGUUUCGUGUUUCAUCGAAGGGGAGAGUUUUGAUGGCGACUGAACAUUUUUGGCGAGAAUUUGUAGAUAUGCGAGCGUUUGAUGAGUUGGGUCCGAUUACACCAUCAGGGACCUGGUCAGGAUAGAGACAAGCGGGGAAAGGAAAGAAGCGAGCUCCGUGAUCUUGUGGGGAAGAAUCUUCAUAUUCUUAGUCAACUAGAUGGUGUGGACCUUGAAGUGUACAGAGAGAACGUUCUGCCCAAAGUCUUAGAGCAGGUUGUCAAUUGUAAGGAUGAACUGGCACAGUAUUACUUGAUGGAUUGCAUAAUUCAGGUCUUCCCAGAUGAGUACCAUUUGCAGAGCCUGGAGACAUUAUUAGCAGCUUGCCCGCACCUUCAGCCAACUGUAGACGUCAAGACUGUUCUCUCUCAGUUGAUGGAUAGAUUGUCCAAUUAUGCAGCCACCUGUCCAGAUGUUCUACCAGAGUUCUUGCAAGUAGAAGCUUUUGCUAAAUUGAGCAGUGCUAUUGGCAAGGUUAUAGAAGCACAAGUUGACAUGCCUAUUGUUGGAGCCAUUACGUUGUAUGUGUCUCUACUUACAUUUACUCUCCGCGUUCAUCCAGAUCGUUUGGACUAUGUUGAUCAAAUACUGGGUGCAUGUGUGAAGAAGCUUGCUGGGAAGCCUAGACUUGAAGACAAGAGAGCAACCAAACAAAUCGUUGUACUCCUAAGUGCUCCUCUGGAGAAAUACAAUGAUAUUGUCACUGCUUUACCACUUUCAAAUUACCCUCGUGUUAUUGACCACUUGGAUAAUGAGACAAAUAAAGUCAUGGCUAUGGUUAUAAUUCAAACCAUCAUGAAGAACAGUAGCUGCAUUUCUACUGCUGAUAAGGUUGAGGUCUUGUUCGAAUUAAUAAAAGGGCUCAUUAAGGAUUUAGACGGAACAACUGCAGAUGAGCUUGACGAGGAAGAUUUCCAGGAAGAGCAAAAUUAUGUUGCUCGCCUUAUAAAUAUGUUAUAUAAUGACGACCCUAGAGAAAUGUUGCAGAUUAUUUACACAGUGCGAAAGCACAUAAUGAAUGGCGGGCCAACACGACUACCUUUUACAGUUCCCCCGCUUAUAUUUUCCGCACUAACGCUUAUUAGAUGCUUGCAAGCUCAGGAUGGAGAUGUAGUGGGAGAGGAAGUGCCUGCAACACCAAAGGCUAUUUUCCAGCUCUUGAAUCAGACUAUUGAAGCUCUCUCUGUUGUUCCAUCACCCGAGCUGGCAUUAAGGUUGUUCCUGCAAUGUGCUGAGGCAGCUAACGACUGUGAGCUUGAGCCAAUUGCUUAUGAUUUUUUCACCCAGGCUUAUGUGUUGUAUGAAGAGGAAAUUGCGGAUUCCAAGGCUCAGGUAACUGCUAUACAUCUAAUCGUUGGAACGCUUCAGAGGAUGCAAGUAUUCGGAAUUGAGAACAGGGAUACAUUAACACACAAGGCCACCGGAUAUUCUGCAAAGCUUUUGAAGAAGCCUGACCAAUGCAGAGCAGUUUAUGCCUGCUCCACCUCUUUUGGGUCGAUGACCAGGAAGAAAACAAGGAUGGAGAAAGAGUCCUGCUAUGCCUGAAGCGAGCCUUGAGGAUCGCAAAUGCUGCCCAACAAAUGGCCAACGCUGCCAGGGGGAGCAGUGGCCCAGUUACGCUCUUUGUCGAAAUACUAAACAAGUAAAGCUCGGCCCUGACCCCAGCUUCGAAGUUGACAUCGUUGUUGGUCAGGCUAAUCUUUCCUGUGUUUCUGCAGGUACCUCUACUUUUUCGAGAAGGGCAAUCCGCAGAUCACAAGCAAUAUGAUCCAGGAUCUGGUUGAACUAAUAACCGAAGAGAUGCAAAGUGACUCUGUUACUGCCGAUCCAGCUUCGUAUGCUUUAUUUGCCAGCACGCUCCGGUACAUCCGGUUCCAGAAACAGAAAGGUGGUAGUAUAGGUGAGAAAUUCGAACCAAUUACUGUCUGAUUUCUCACAUAACAAAAGGGUAUCAGUUUGGUUUCAUUUUCCGAAAUCUGGUUAUAGAAAUGUGUGACGACAGAGGAAAUGAGUUGGUGCUAAAAUAUGAUGUUUGGCUGAAAUCAGUGUGUUUAUUGUUUCUUUGGCAAUGCAAAUUUUUAAGCAUGGAAGAAAAAUGAGGGAGGGAGGGUAGUUGAAUGAGUCUUUGAUUUGGUUUUGUUAAUUGUCCUCUGUGGUGGUGGGUGGUGGUUUUGAAUGGUGCUUGUUGGAUUAGGUUUAGUCGAAACGUAGUUGGACAUAGGAAGGUAAGUAAUCCCGCGGAAUUGUAAGCACGAAGUGUAUAAAUGGGAUAGGUUUUU